AACACCUGAAGACAUAACCACACCAUAAAUCAGAACAUCAUCAAAAUUACCAGCUUUUUCACACAUUUCUGCUAAUUUUAUUGAUGAAAAACACCAAAUCGAUUUCGCACCUAUCGUUUCUAAUCUUUCCUUGUAAUCAUUCAUUUAUUAGUUCGAAAAUUACGGUUCUCGAUAGGCCUAUAGAUUACUCAACGAGUCAAUCAGCUAGAAGUAGUUUUAAAAAAUAGUGAAAGUGUUUUUUUUUGGAACAUAUAAAUGACUUCGGAAUUUGAAUAUUCACAAUCAACGCUCAACAGUCGAUUGAAAAAGAACUGCGUGCUUUCGUGAGUGAAGUGGUGAAAAUAAAAAACGAUGUUACUCAAGACUCUCACCACGAUAGCUCUGCUCAUAGCAUGCGUGUCAACUGAAGAAACAACCACAGAAACAGGAAAAAAUCAGACCCGUAGCCAAAGAGCGGCUGUAGUAGGGGCAAGCUAUACUACCAGCUACACAUCCGACGGAGGCUACAGCUAUGAUAAACCAUCUGUCAAUUUUGUUACUGGUACUAAAAAUACUUAUGGAGUCGGUUAUGCAGGUGCAGCUAAUUCUUACAAUGGAGGAUUAGGUGUUGGCUACACUGGAGCUAAAGGACUAAAUUCUUAUGCAGUUGGUUACAAUGGACUGAAUGGUGCUACAGGAACCAAAGGUAUUGCUGGAGUAAAUACUUAUGGCGUUGGUUACACAGGUGGUGUAAAUUCUUAUGGAGUAGGAGUUGGCUACACUGGAGCUAAAGGUAUUGCAGGAGGAGUGAAUUCUUACACUGGUGGCGUUAAUUCCUAUGGCGUAGGAGUUGGCUACACUGGAGCUAAGGGUAUUGCAGGAGGAGUUAAUUCUUACACUGGUGGUGUGAAUUCUUAUGGAGUAGGAGUUGGUUACACUGGAGCUAAAGGUAUUGCAGGGGGAGUCAAUUCUUACACUGGUGGUGUGAAUUCUUAUGGAGUAGGAGUUGGUUACACUGGAGCUAAAGGUAUUGCAGGGGGAGUCAAUUCUUACACUGGUGGUGUAAAUUCCUAUGGCGUAGGAGUUGGCUACACUGGAGCUAAAGGUAUUGCAGGAGGAGUUAAUAGUUACACUAGUGGUGUAAAUUCCUUUGGCGUAGGAGUUGGCUAUACUGGACCUAAAGGCAUUGGAGGAGGAGUUAAUUCUUACACUGGUGGAGUGAAUUCUUAUGGAGUUGGCUACACUGGAGCUAAGGGCAUUGCAGGAGGAAUUAAUUCUUAUGGAGUAGAUGUUGGUUACACUGGGGCAAAAGGUAUUGCAGGAGGAGUAAAUUCCUUUGGCGUAGGAGUUGGUUUUACUGGACCUAAAGUAAUUGGAGGAGGAGUUAAUUCUUAUGGACAAGGAGUUGGCUAUACUGGAACUAAAGGUAUUGCAGGAGGAAUCAAUUCCAUUGGCGUAGGAGUUGGCUACACAGGAGCUAAGGGUAUUGCAGGAGGAAUUAAUUCCAUUGGCGUAGGAGUUGGCUACACAGGAGCUAAGGGUAUUGCAGGAGUCAAUUCUUACGGCGUUGGAGUAGGCUACACUGGUGUGAACGGCGCUCCAGGAGUCAAGGGUGUUAAUACAUUUGGAAGUAGUUACACAAGUGGUGUAAAUUACAACGGUGUAGGCGUUGGCUACACUGGAGCUAAAGGAGCUAUAGGAGGAGCUUACACUGGCCUAGGAGGUGGUAUCAAUGGAGCUAAAGGUGUUGGCUAUGCAGGUGGAUUUGGCUAUAAUGGAGUAAAGGGUUACACUGGAAUCAAUGGUUAUAACAAUUACCUAGAAGAUUGUCACAAUUAUCAGACCGGCCCUUAUGGAGUAACACAAUACCAAAAUUAUUUCAGUCAAUUCACUGACCCAAAACAACAGAGUUACCUUGGCCAAUUUGAUAUCACAAAGCAAAAUGGUAUUGGGCAAUAUGGAGCCCCCUAUCAAGGAUUUGGAGGACGUUAUUCAGUGACAAAACAAAACUCCUUCACCCAAUAUGGAGUACCUAAUCAACAGUUCAUUGGUCAACAAGGCAAUUAUAAACAACCAGGUUACUCAGGACAAUAUGGUAUUACAAAACAAGUAUUUUAUGGUCAACAAAGUGUACCAGCUAUAACUACACAGAUAGCAUUCAAUCAAUAUGGUUUACCAAAACAGCAAGGUUUUACAAACCAAUAUGAUAUUACAAAACAGAACACCUUUGGACAAUAUGGAGCACCCAAAGUACAAGGUUUCCAAGGCCAAUACGAUGUUACCAAACAGAACUUCAUUAGUCAAUAUAACACCAUUAAACCACACAAGGAUUAUGGAGUACCAGAUGAAUACAAAUAUACCAGUAAACAGGGAUAUACUUACUAAUAAAAAUCACUAAAUUAUAAGCUUCUAGAUGGAGAAUGUAUAGACAUAUCAGGAAUAAAUUAUUUUUUCAAUAAUAAA